AUGGUCCACCAGUGGUCCACCAGUGGUCCAUCAGUGGUCCAUCAGUGGUCCAUCAGUGGUACAUCAGUGGUCCACCAGUGGUCCAUUAGUGGUCCACCAGUGGUCCAUCAGUGGUCCACCAGUGGUCCACCAGUGGUACAUCAGUGGUCCAUCAGUGGUCCAUUAGUGGUCCACCAGUGGGUCCACCAUUGUGGUCCAUCAGUGGUCCAUCAGUGGUCCAUCAGUGGUCCACCCUGUGGUGGUCAUGAUGCAUUAAGUGGUCAGUGGUCCAUCAGUGGUCCAGUGGUCCCAGUGGUCACAGUGGUCCACCAGUGGUCCAUCAGUGGUCCACCAGUGGUCAUCAGUCACCAGUGGUCAUCACCAGUGGUCCAUCGGUCCACCAGUGUGGUCCAUCAGUGGUCCAUCAAUGGUCCAUCGUGGUCCACCAGUGGUCCAUCAGUGGUCCGGUCCACGGUGGUCACCAGUGGUCCAUCAGUGUCCAGUGGUCACAGCGUGGUCCAGUGGUCCAUCACAUGGUCCACCAGUGGUCCAUCAGUGGUCCACCAGUGGUCCACCAUGGUCCAUCAGUGGUCCCACCAGUGGUCCCAUCAGUGGUCCAUCAGCGGUCAGCGGUCCAUCAGUGGUGUGUCCAUCAGUGGUCCAAUGGUCACCAGUGGUCCAUCAGUGGUCACCAGUGGUCCAUCAGUGGUCCACCAGUGGUCCAUCAGUGGUCCAUCCACCAGUGUUCAACAGUGGUCCACCAGUGGUCCAUCAGUGGUCCGCAGUGGUCCACCAGUGGUCCAUCAGUGGUCCACCAGUGGUCCACCAGUGGUCCAUCAGUGGUCCACCAGUGGUCCACCAGUGGUCCAUCAGUGGUCCACCAGUGGUCCAUCAGUGGUCCACCAGUGGUCCACCAGUGGUCCAUCAGUGGUCCACCAAUGGUCCACCAGUGGUCCAUCAGUGGUCCACCAGUGGUCCAUCAGUGGUCCAUCAAUGGUCCACCAGUGUUCCACCAUACACUUAUAA